AUGGCUUCGUCGGCCAACGAUGUGUUUACAGCGAUUUGCGGUGGCACAUUUGUGUACCCGGCGGUCAUGCAUGAGCAGUAUCAAGACAUCUGGGUGACCAACCGAGACGGUGUUACACCCGGUUCGAUUCGGGAGAUCACUUAUGGACAUGCCAUCUCACGUAUAGUUUCAAGAGCGACCGAGGAAAUCACCCGGAUUGACCACACGAGUCGAACCAUUGAAUCUAGGUUCAAGCCCGAUGGUGCAUUCGUGGGCAGGUUCUUUCGUUCGGCCUCCUUGGUCGUAAAGGUCGAACCGCUGUCGAUGAACGAUGGUCCCAACCGUCGAGCUUCGACCGUCGUAUGGACCUUGACCUACGCUUCCGAUUUCAAUGGCGGUGUCAACCUGAACAUGUUCCAAGAUGCUAUAGCAGAGGGAUUCAGGACUUUAGACGUUUAUCUCAGGAGCCCAUAA